AUGCAAUUUAAGCACUUGCUCUUUGCUGUCACCGCCAUGUCGGCCUUCAUGGUAUCAGCUAGCCCAAUAGCCAGCCAAAACUCAGAGCAGGGAACCGCAUUCCGUAGGACUGUUUGGUUGUAUCCUGUCUUGCUGCUCUUUGGAAAUAAACGACACUUUCCGAAGCUUCCGAGCAAGGAACUGCGUUCCGUAGGUCCAAGGGUAAGCACCAUGAACUUCCUCCCCUACAAUAUCAUUUUCCCUGAGCUUCUAUCAGCCACCGAACAAGGAACCGCCUUCCGUAGAGCUGACGCCGAGCAGGGAACCGCGUUCAAACGUAGCGAACAGGGCACUGCGUCCCGCCGUGAUGAACAAGGCACUACUUUCCGACGUGAUGAACAAGGUACUGCUUUCAAACGUGGCGAGCAGAAUACUGCGUUCAAGCGCGACGAGCAGUCCACUGCGUUCAAGCGUGACGAACAGGGAACUGCUUUCAAGCGUGGCGAACAAGGAACUGCUUUCAAGCGUGGCGAACAGAGCACUGAAUUUAGGCGAGACGAACAAGGAACCGCUUUCAAGCGCAAUGAUCAGGGGACCGCUUUCAAGCGCGAUGAGCAGGAGACCGCCUUCAAGCGUGAGGAGCAGAGCACCGCUUUCCGACGUGGCGAACAAGGCACGGCUUUCAAACGUGACGAGCAGAGCACUGCAUUCAAGCGCGGUGAACAGGGAACGGCUUUUAAACGCGUUGAUGCCUCUGAGCAGGGAACUGCUUUCCGCAGGACUGGCUCCGAACAGGGAACUGCCUUCUAG